AUGACGACUGCUCAAGAGAAGGUUGAAUUGGAGCAGGUACCGCUGAAGUCCGAUAUCGAUCCUCCUCCAGGAACCGAGACCGAGCAAAUGACCAAAGUUGAGAAUGAACCCAUCAAAAAGAAAUGCACAAAGUGGUUCUGCAAAAAGUCGAAGAAUGGUGAAGUGACCACAACUGAAAUCACGACGACAGACGAGAAGAAGAAGGUGUGCAAAUGGUGGAAUAAGAACGCACACAAAGAAAAUGUUGAUGACGAGAAGCAAAUGACCGUUGGAAUAAAUAUGCUUGAUCGGGAUGAAAAGGUCUGGAGCUUUGCGGUUCAUCGAGUGUUUGAUCCUCUCAUGAGUUCGUGUGGUCUCUGCUGUGCGGGAUUUGCAAAUCGUAAAUCCGAAAUGCAUGAUUCUCCAACCGUACUUGCAUAA